UCACCUUCCACUACUGGUUUACCAACCCUGCUCCUGUCCAGCCUUCUUCUUCCCUCCUACCACCAAUGGUUCCUCCACCAACCCCCAUCGCGCAUCGGCCUCACCUCGCUAGCUGCUACGCACCAGAGAGACCUCCAGCUCCAGGUCCCGAUUCCGCAUGGCUCAAGAACAAGCGAAUCCCGAGGAGGUCGUCCUCGGGCAGGAGAUCAACGGCGCGAGGGUGGUCACCCUCAACCGCCCGCGCCAGCUGAAUGGCAUCUCCGACAGAGUGGUCUAUAUCCUAGCCCAGUUCCUGGAGAAGUGGGAGAAAGAUGAUGAUGCCAAGUUGGUCAUCUUCAAGGGAGCUGGACGGGCAUUUUCUGCUGGUGGGGACCUAAAGAUGUUCUAUGAAGGGAGAUCAGAUGAUUCAUGCCUCGAGGUUGUGUAUAGGAUGUACUGGCUCUGCUAUCACAUUCAUACAUACAAGAAAACCACGGUGGCUCUUGUUAAUGGACUUGCCAUGGGUGGAGGUGCAGCCAUGGUUGCUCCACUGAAGUUUGCAGUUGUCACAGAGAAAACAGUUUUUGCCACUCCCGAGGCAAGUGUUGGAUUACACACAGAUUGUAGCUUUUCUUAUAUCCACUCUCGACUCCCUGGAUAUUUAGGGGAGUACCUGGCUUUGACUGGUGCUAGGCUGACUGCAAAGGAAAUGGUUGCUGCUGGUCUUGCUACUCAUUUUGUUCUUUCUGAAAAACUGGAGGAACUCGAAAAGCAAUUACUGAAUUUAAACACAGGUGACGAGUCUGCAGUCCGAGCUGUCAUCGAAGAGUUCUCUAUGGAUGUUCAACCUGAUCAUGAGAGCAUUUUGAACAAGCUUCCAACUAUCAACAAAUGUUUCUCAGCUGAGAGUGUUGAGGAAAUCUUGAAAGCACUUGAAUCAGAAGUGAGCAUCGAUGGAAACCAAUGGAUAGCUCCAGUCCUAAAGAGUAUGAGGAGAUCAUCUCCUACUGCAACGAAGGUCACACUGCGAUCGGUUAGAGAAGGUCGGAAGCAGAGUCUGUCCGAAUGUUUGAAAAAGGAAUUCAGACUAACCAUGAACAUCCUCCGUUCUGUGGUUACUGGCGAUGUUUAUGAGGGUAUUAGAGCUCUGAGUAUCGACAAAGAUAACGCCCCUAAGUGGAGCCCUACUACCAUUGAAGAGGUGAAGAACGAAGACAUUGACUGUGUUUUCCAACCAUUCAGCUCAGAGCAUGAGCUCCAAGUCCCAUCUGAUGAUUUCAAGAGGUGGAGUGGCAAAUACGAGCACACAAUCUAUGCCGAUUCUUCCAACUGAUCGCGCAGGUUCCAGUCUUCUGUAGCAGUAUCCCUUCGUGAUCAGGAAUCGGGACAUAAUGGUCUGGGUGUGUGACUUCGUACCAACUGUUGAGAAGCUAUAUAGUACAGUAUAUGUGAAGCAAUAAAACAUCUGAUGUUUGGUUACAGACACAAGCUCGUCUGAAGAGUGCUCCUUUAUUCUUAUACAAUCGAUUCUUACUAACAGCAUAUUUCUCUGA